UUUUCGGAUAAGUUGUCAACACUGGUAAAAACUAGAAUGUGUACAUUUCGCGUUACCGUGUUUUAUUAGCUAAAUAAAGGUCAAUAAAUAUAAAGAGAAGUAAAUACAAAACCAUACAAAUUGAAAUAUCGUGUGUCGCGUAGAGUUGGCGUAUCCUACGCUAUUUUAAACUUUUUAAUUAUCAGCGACAAGAACAGCUUCGGUGUCUGUGACACAAUUCCAACCGAAAACAAUGGCACGCCCAAUUUUUCCCAAUCAGCAGAAGAUAGCUGAGAAAUUAAUCAUUUUGAAUGACCGCGGCUUGGGGAUUCUUACGCGAAUUUAUAACAUUAAAAAGGCAUGCGGCGAUACCAAGUCGAAACCGGGCUUUCUAUCCGAAAAGUCGCUGGAGUCGUCAAUCAAAUUCAUUGUGAAGCGUUUUCCCAAUAUCGAUGUGAAGGGCCUUAACGCUAUAGUGAACAUUAAGGCGGAGAUAAUCAAGUCUCUGUCGCUGUACUACCACACUUUUGUGGAUCUGCUUGACUUUAAGGACAAUGUGUGCGAGUUGCUGACCACCAUGGAUGCCUGCCAGAUCCACCUGGAUAUAACGCUUAACUUUGAGCUAACCAAGAACUAUUUGGACUUGGUGGUCACCUACGUGUCCUUGAUGAUUGUCCUGUCCCGCGUCGAGGAUCGCAAGGCGGUGUUGGGCCUCUACAAUGCCGCCUAUGAGCUGCAGCACAACCAGGCGGACACAGGCUUCCCUCGUCUGGGCCAGAUGAUACUGGACUAUGAAGUGCCGCUGAAGAAGCUCGCCGAGGAGUUCAUUCCCCACCAGCGCCUGCUUGCGAAUGCCCUGCGCUCCCUGACCUCGAUCUAUGCCCUGCGCAAUCUUCCCGCCGACAAGUGGCGUGAAAUGCAAAAGCUCAGCCUUGUGGGCAAUCCGGCAAUAUUACUAAAAGCCGUGCGAACGGACACAAUGUCAUGUGAGUACAUUUCGCUGGAGGCUAUGGAUCGCUGGAUCAUAUUCGGAUUGCUGCUGAACCAUCAAAUGCUGGGCCAGUACCCGGAGGUGAACAAGAUCUGGCUCUCUGCGUUAGAGAGCAGCUGGGUGGUGGCGCUGUUCAGAGACGAGGUGCUCCAGAUACACCAAUACAUUCAGUCCACCUUUGACGGCAUCAAGGGCUACAGCAAGCGCAUUGGCGAGGUGAAGGAAGCCUACAACACGGCUGUCCAAAAGGCAGCACUGAUGCACCGUGAGAGGCGAAAGUUCUUGCGAACCGCCUUGAAGGAAUUGGCCCUUAUAAUGACGGAUCAACCGGGCUUGUUGGGUCCCAAGGCAAUAUUUAUAUUUAUUGGAUUGUGUUUGGCCCGAGACGAGAUCCUUUGGCUCCUUAGACACAACGACAAUCCUCCGUUGCUGAAGCAUAAAGGAAAGAGCAAUGAGGAUCUGGUCGAUCGACAGCUGCCAGAGCUAUUAUUCCAUAUGGAGGAACUACGUGCGCUGGUGCGCAAGUAUAGUCAAGUAAUGCAGCGUUACUACGUGCAAUAUUUGUCCGGAUUCGACGCUACGGAUUUAAACAUACGCAUGCAGAGCCUGCAGAUGUGCCCAGAGGACGAGAGCAUUAUCUUCAGCUCGCUGUAUAAUACAGCCGCUGGCCUCACCGUCAAGCAGGUGGAGGACAAUGAGUUAUUCUACUUCAGACCCUUCCGGCUGGAUUGGUUCCGCUUGCAGACGUACAUGAGCGUGGGCAAAGCUGCGCUUCGCAUCACCGAGCACAUUGAACUGGCUCGUUUGCUCGAUUCGAUGGUGUUCCAUACGCGUGUAGUGGACAACCUGGACGAGAUCCUUGUGGAGACCUCGGAUCUAAGCAUAUUCUGCUUCUACAGCAAAAUGUUUGACGAUCAGUUCCACAUGUGCCUGGAGUUUCCGGCACAAAAUCGAUUCAUCAUUGCAUUCCCGUUGAUCUGCAGCCACUUCCAGAACUGCACGCACGAGAUGUGUCCAGAGGAACGUCAUCACAUUCGCGAGCGCUCUCUGAGUGUUGUCAACAUCUUUCUGGAGGAAAUGGCCAAGGAGGCCAAGAAUAUUAUUACUACCAUAUGCGAUGAACAGUGUACCAUGGCAGACGCCCUCCUGCCCAAACACUGCGCCAAGAUUCUUUCCGUUCAAUCGGCUCGCAAAAAGAAGGACAAAUCCAAAUCGAAGCACUUUGAUGACAUUCGUAAGCCGGGCGACGAGUCCUACCGCAAGACUCGCGAGGAUUUGACCACAAUGGAUAAGCUGCACAUGGCACUGACAGAGCUAUGCUAUGCCAUUAACUACUGUCCCACUGUCAAUGUAUGGGAAUUUGCCUUUGCUCCGCGCGAGUAUCUUUGCCAGAAUCUGGAGCAUCGCUUUUCGCGCGAUUUAGUCGGCAUGGUGAUGUUCAACCAGGAGACGAUGGAGAUAGCAAAGCCAUCGGAGCUCCUUGCCAGCGUUCGCGCCUAUAUGAAUGUCCUGCAGACAGUGGAAAACUACGUGCAUAUCGACAUCACGCGAGUGUUCAACAACUGCCUGCUGCAGCAGACACAGGCCCUGGACUCUCAUGGGGAGAAGACCAUUGCGGCACUAUACAACACUUGGUACAGCGAAGUGCUACUACGUCGAGUAUCGGCUGGUAACAUUGUGUUUUCCAUCAACCAGAAAGCGUUCGUGCCGAUCUCUCCGGAAGGCUGGGUACCAUUUAAUCCUCAAGAGUUUUCCGAUCUGAACGAGCUGCGUGCCCUGGCCGAACUGGUUGGACCGUAUGGCAUCAAAACAUUGAACGAGACGUUGAUGUGGCAUAUUGCCAACCAGGUGCAGGAGCUGAAAUCACUGGUGGGCACCAACAAGGAGGUACUGAUCACUCUGCGCACCAGCUUUGACAAGCCCGAAGUGAUGAAAGAGCAAUUUAAGCGCCUUCAAGAUGUGGACCGGGUAUUGCAACGCAUGACAAUCAUUGGAGUUAUUAUCUGCUUCCGUAAUCUCGUUCACGAGGCGCUGGUGGAUGUGCUGGACAAACGCAUUCCAUUCCUGCUUAGCUCGGUUAAGGACUUUCAGGAGCAUUUGCCAGGCGGCGAUCAGAUACGCGUCGCCUCUGAGAUGGCCUCGGCAGCGGGUCUGCUGUGCAAGGUGGAUCCUACGCUGGCCACCACAUUGAAAUCAAAGAAACCCGAAUUUGACGAGGGCGAGCACUUAACCGCAUGUUUACUGAUGGUCUUCGUGGCUGUCUCCAUACCAAAAUUGGCUCGCAACGAACAUUCAUUUUACAGGGCCACCAUUGACGGUCAUUCGAAUAAUACACAUUGCAUGUCGGCUGCCAUUAACAACAUCUUUGGAGCCCUGUUCACCAUCUGCGGACAGAACGAUAUGGAGGAUCGGAUGAAGGAAUUUUUGGCUUUGGCCAGCUCAUCGCUACUUCGUUUGGGCCAGGAAUCUGAUAAGGAGGCCACCCGCAAUCGCGAGUCCAUCUAUUUGCUGCUGGAUGAGAUUGUCAAACAAUCACCCUUUCUCACUAUGGAUCUCCUAGAGUCCUGCUUUCCCUACGUACUAAUCCGCAAUGCCUAUCACGGUGUCUACAAGCAGGAACAAAUUCUAGGGCUGGGACUGUAGACCUCCUGAGGUGGGCAGCUGCGAAAAAUGCGUAUUCUAAUCCCGAGUAUUCACAUAGUUUCUUCUAAUCGAUAAUCAAUCAUUGUGCAUUAUGCCAACGAAUUACGAGUAUAUAAUUAUUAUUCUAUUGUUAAACUUAUAUGAUAACCCCUGAUGAUAUGAUACCCCAUCUAAACCAUGUCUAAAUCAUACUAGGCACAAGUAUUCAGCAUUUUGAUACAAUAUUACUUAUGAAUAAAGUACAUAUGUAAACCAAAUCAAUACCAAAUCAUUCGAUAGUUGCCAGUACUUUUAUUUGGGCGCAAUCCUAUGGAGUUCUUUUAAGCUUUCUGAAAAGAUUCAAAUUAUACGAAUAUUACUUACAGUA